AUGGGCAGUUGCCAGUCCGCCGUGGUCCCGCCUUCCCAACUCCAACAAACAAAAGCCCCAGGGCUAAAAUCACGACAACAAGAUUACCACUUCAUGCAAAGAAACAGAGGAUACCAGACCCUAGCGACAACAACAUCCCUCAUGAAGGUCAAGAUCACCCGGUGGAACACCGUCGCGACGUGGCGGUGGGAUAUCCCAGAAGACGAUGUCUGUGGCAUCUGCCAAGUCCACUUUGACGGCACAUGUCCAACCUGCAAAUACCCUGGCGAUGACUGCAGCAUCCUGUCUGGCAAGUGUGGUCACAACUUCCAUAUGCAUUGCAUCCUGGAGUGGAUCAAGCAGGACUCAGCAAAGGGCCAAUGCCCAAUGUGCCGUCAAAAAUUCGACGAUACCCAAGACCCUUACGAAGGCUCUUUUGGACUGGCGGACAGACUUUCUGGUCCUACGCUUUCAACAAUCACGUCUCGUUCCAUUGACCUGAGACCAACGCCUGAGUUGGAGGUUCGCAAUCACAUGCCAGAUCAGGCACCCCGCUGUCACGUGGCGAUAGCGAUAAGCCGUCCCCAGCAGCCUGGAACCCGCUCCACCAUGGCGCCCAACAGCUAUCCAGCUAGCUCCCGUGCCACCCUGCAGCUCAUCUUCGAGACCACCUCCGACCGCAGCUCCCAUACUAUCCCAGGAAAAGAUGACAGUCAGCGCGACGCGAGGGACACUGUCGAUACCAACACCUCAACUCCCCGCCGCCCGCCUCGCCGACCCCGACCACCCUGGGAAUACAUUCCCCCUCGAAAGGAUCACGCGACCACGGAGGAACUAUACCGUCUGACGAUGGCCGACGUCCCGACGUCCCCGCGCCCCGAGGCCGAACAGCCCGCCCAGGCGCCUUUGUCUUCGUCCUUCUCACAAGGCCAGAAGGCCACCCUUGCCGGCUCACCAUCCGACAACAAGCUUGGCACCGAUACAACAACGGCCAUCAUCCCCACGUUGGACGCAGAUGACGCAGCUGAGAACGAGGCCGUCGACGAAGCCCUUCUGCCCAAGCUCGAUCCCGCCGGUUUCUUUACCCUCGUCUCCAACUCCACGGCCAACACCACCCAUCACCCGACCGUCAAGUACAUCUUCCUAGACGAUGACCCGGAUACCCUCACAACCGCCCUCGCAGCACAUCACUCCUCGAACCAAAUCUCGACCCCCUCGGCCUCGACCUCCAAAUCCGGGCCCGGGAAGAACCCGAACCCGAACCCGAACCGAGCCGUCCUCCUCGAUGUCGUUCCAGGUGAAGACGGCCAAUGGAAGGUUUCCUCCGUCGCCAGCCUUAGCGCAGACUUUGCUGUGACCGACGCCAGCAUAUCUCGUCAGGAGGGCGAGAAGGAGGGCGGACUGGUGCUCAAGAUCGAGGGCGUCGAAAGCGAGGGCGCCACAAUGAUGGCUGACAAGGAGAAGGAUCGUGCCGAGAGCUUGCCCAGCUCUCAUAGCGGCGUGGCCAAGUCUGGGAGCGAAGAGUACGGACCGCUGCUCGAGGAUUUCGAGCGCAAGAUGAGCGUCCUUCGGCGGGUUGUCAAGGCUGGUGAGGGUCGCGCUGAGAAGGCGCGUGAGACGAGGCCUUCUGAUGUCGAGGCUGAACCGGCCGAGGAGUGA